UGAUCCCGCCAACGCUACAUCCCCGUGGGCCCUGGCCGCCCUCUAGCGAGGCCCGUGGGCGGGAGGCUCCCAGCUGGGGGCCCGCGGUGUGCGGGGAUUCCGGAGCGCGGAGAGGCCGGGCCGCUCCGCUUGCCAAUGGGAGCCGGGCGUGUGGGCUGAGAGGCGGGCUCCGCCUGUGCCGGCCGGCCGGGCUGAAAGGGGCCCGAGGGGGAGGCCAAUGCCAGUACUAGCCGCUGCAUCGCUGCGCGACUCCCCGCUGCUGCACCUGUCCCGGCUGGGUGGAGGGAGGCGGCCGGGACUUGUCUAGUGCCGCGGCCGCCUUUGGAGACGCACAGCUCUACCAGGAGAGAAGAGCCCCUUUCGUUCAGUAAAACGCAGCGAUGGAGAUGAGGCUCCCGCCGCACCCCGUUGCUGUCCUCCUCAUGGUGGCCGCUUUCAGUCUGGACUGUUGCCAUGGUGCCAAAGUGCUGGUGAUGCCCACCAUCGUCUUUGACAGCCACCUUCGGGUCUUCAUGCGGGUGGCGGAGGCACUGAAUGACCGGGGUCACAACGCCACACUUCUCCUCCACGAGGGUCGGGAAUCCGAGCCCUUCCUGCCAGGCCUCCGAGUGCAAACGUACAGGGGGAUCUUCAGCACGGAGAGCGCGGACGCCUGGGUGCAGGAGAAGAUAAAGCGUGUCUUCCAGGGGAAGAAGACCUCCCUGGAGAUCUUCUCCUUCCUGGAAAAGUACUUGGAAAACUGUGAUCUAGUGCUGGGGGAUGCAGCCCUCCUGCAGCAGCUCCAGGGUGAGGGCUUUGACUUGUUCUUGGUAGACCCCAAUGAGAUGUGUGGCUUCAUUCUGGCCCACCUCCUUGGUGUCAAAUACGCCGUGAUCUCCACCGGCUUCUGGUACCCAGCUGAGAUCGGCGCCACUUCCCCCGUCGCCUAUGUCCCCGAGUUCAACUCUCUGAUGACGGACAGGAUGGGGCUGGUGGGCCGGACUUGGAAUCUCCUGGUCUACGUGAUCACUCGCAUCGCCACCAAGCUGGUCAUCCUGCCCAAGUUCGACCGCCUCAUGCAGAAACACGGGGUGGAGCCGCAGAAGUCCAUGCUGGAGCUUGUCUAUGGGACCAGCCUCUUCUUCCUGUGCAACGAUGUGGUGCUAGACUUUCCCAGGCCCACGCUCCCCCAUGUCAUUUUCACUGGGGGAAUCCUCGCUGAGCCUGAAAAGCCCCUUCCUGUGGGCCUGCGCCGCUGGGUGGAAGCUGCGGAUGCUGGUGUUGUCGUCGUCUCCUUUGGCAUUGGGAUCCGAGCGCUCCCGAGCAACUUGGUGGAGAAGAUGGCUGGGGCGUUUGCACGCCUUCCUCAGAGGGUCGUGUGGAGAUACUUUGGUCAGAAGCCAAAUAACCUGGGUGAGAAUACGCUGAUGAUGGAGUGGCUGCCCCAGAACGACCUGCUGGGUCACUCCAACGUGAAAGCCUUCAUCAGCCACUGUGGGAUGAAUGGCAUAUUCGAAGCAAUUUAUCACGGAGUGCCAGUUGUGGGGUUCCCUUUCUAUGGGGACCAGUUCGACAUCAUGACAAGAGUUCAGGCAAAAGGGAUGGGGAUUCUCAUGGACUGGAGCCGAGUAAGCGAAGAGGACCUUUACCAGGCCAUAGUCACCGUUCUCUCCAACCCCAGCUACAAUAAAGCAGCCAAGCAGAUCUCAGCCCUGCACCGAGACACGCCUAUGCACGCUCUGAACCGCACGGUGUACUGGCUGGAGUACAUCCUCCGCCACGACGGGGCACCGUACCUUCGCCCAGCCGUCUACGACCUCUCCUUUUACGAGUACUUCUGCCUGGACAUCCUUGCUCUCUUCCUUCUCUGUCUGGCGUGUGUUGCCUAUGCCCUGUACAAAGCCAUUGUGUGGUACUGGGGAAAGAGUGCCAGUCCCAUGCAUCUGAACGGCAACUGUCUGAAUGGCCAUCUGAUGGAGGGGAAGAAGGCGCAGUAGUGCGCGGUGUGCUUGGGGCACGAAAGAGACUCCAGUGCGAGCACACACACCGCCCAGGUGCUCACAGAGACUCAAGCUUGUCCAUCGGUCUGGUUGCUGCUCGUGUGGCUGGGAAGAGGGGGAAAGUGGCGCAAAGGCCAGUGUGUGCCUCUGUGUACAGCACGCCUGGGUAGGGACAUGGAUCUAGGCGUGGGUGGAUGCAUUUGGCCAGGACUGUGGGAGCGUUGAGGCGGGACAUGAGUGGGUAGGUUUCUGGGGAGGAAUGUGGGGUUGCUCCCUUUUUUUUAUGCGCGAUGGUUUCGAUGCUGGUGUUACCCUUCUGGCUUGCUAGGGUCUGCGGUGAGGCAUAGGGGGCAGGAGUGGCGCUUUGUCUGGGGCAGUCAUCGUUUCUCCCUUGCUCCAUUAGCGAGGCCCUGGGAACUCGGGACUCCUUCAGGUGCAGCGGGGCAGCCGACUUUGGGCAGGGGAGGGCACCCUAAAGGUAGUUUAAAAAUCGGUCUUUGUUUAAAUUUUUUGGGCAGAUGUUCUGAAUGCUUCCCUUGGUGCUCUGUACUGUAGGCUGUGUUUGUGCUAACUUAUUUUUUAAUAA